AUGGGUACCGGUAAGAAGGAACGUAGCCGGCUGGCCCGGCAGGGCAAGUCGGGUACCGGUAUGGACAACAUUAAGAUCAAGGGCGAGAACUUUUAUCGUUCUGCAAAGAAGGUCAAGACCUUGAAUAUGCGCAAGGACGAUGGACCCACGCGAAACGCCGAAGGUCAGAUCACACAGUCUGCCAGGUAUCAGUCGAGAGAUCUUCCUGCUGCUCGUGUUGAGCCAAACAGAAAAUGGUUCACCAACACUCGUGUCAUCUCCCAGGACUCUCUCAAGGCUUUUCGCGAUGCUAUGGCCGAGAAGGCAAAUGACCCGUACCAAGUCCUGCUGAAGUCGAACAAGCUCCCUAUGUCGUUGAUCAGAGACAACUCGGACACCAAGAACGGGUUGAAGCAACACAAGGCCAAGAUGACCAUCGAGAGUUCUCCUUUCGCAGAUGCGUUCGGUCCUAAAUCCCAGCGCAAGAGAGUCAAGUUGGGUGUGAGCAGUCUGACAGAUCUAGCUGAGGAUACCGAGAAGAGUAUGGACACAUAUAAAGAUCGUCUCGAGCAAGCGAAACUACUGAGUGGCAACUCGGGUGUUGAUCUUGAAGGAGUUAGUGAGAGUCAUCCCGAAGGCGCGGAUGCGCUUACAGUAGCCGUCGAACCCAUUUUCAACAAAGGGCAGAGUAAGAGGAUAUGGAACGAACUAUACAAAGUCCUUGAUGCGUCUGAUGUGAUUAUCCACGUACUCGAUGCUCGCGAUCCUCUCGGCACUCGUUGCCGAAGCGUGGAGAAGUACCUUAGAGAGGAAGCCCCGCAUAAGCACUUGAUAUUCGUUCUAAAUAAGACGGAUUUAGUACCUACGAGUGUUGCUGCCGCGUGGGUUCGGAAACUCUCCACCGAUUAUCCCACUCUUGCUUUCCACUCAAGCAUAACGAAUCCUUUCGGAAAGGGUUCCCUCAUUCAACUGCUUCGACAAUUCUCACAACUGCACUCGGAUCGCAAACAGAUAUCUGUGGGCUUGAUUGGUUACCCCAACGUGGGGAAAUCCUCGAUCAUUAAUACCUUGCGCAAGAAGAAGGUUGCCACGGUAGCCCCUAUUCCUGGUGAGACCAAGGUCUGGCAAUAUGUCACGUUGAUGAAGAGAAUCUACUUGAUAGAUUGCCCCGGUGUGGUACCCCCCAACCAGAACGAUACGCCUGAGGAUAUUCUACUACGCGGCGUCGUCCGUGUUGAGAUGGUAGAUAACCCAGAACAGUACAUCCCUUCACUUCUGGCUAAGGUUAAGCAACAUCAUAUGGAGCGCACCUACCAAGUGAAGGGCUGGACUGACCAUAUCCAUUUCCUAGAGCUUCUCGCUCGAAAAGGUGGUCGUCUACUGAAAGGGGGUGAGCCAGAUGUAGAUGGAGUUGCCAAAAUGGUUUUACAUGAUUUCAUGAGAGGCAAAAUUCCAUGGUUCACACCGGCGCCUGUCGUGGAAGGAGAUCAAGCAAAGGGCAUCGAAGGCCGUGAUGGCAGGCUCGGCGAGAUGCCAAGGAAACGGAAGAGAGAAGAUGCAGAGAGCGUCCCAGAUGUAUCUGUGGCGGCAUCGGCUACGUCUGUCGCGGAUGAUGGAGAAAGCGCGAGUCAAGAUGAAGAGUUUGAAGGCUUCGACAGCAACAGCGAUGAUGAGUCAUCAGAAGAUGAAGCCGUGGCUGAUAAAGACGAUGAGGAAGAUAUGAUACCCUUGGAUGAGCUGAGCGAUAUUGACGAAUCGGGCGGGGAAGAAGAAGGGUGA